ACCAUACAAAAUAGACGUCAGCAUUUGUGCAGCUGGCAAAAAUACUGGUGGACGUUUAACUGGCUUAGGAACAAAUUGCGUGUGUGUUUGGUACAUCUUUGUCGUUUCUUAGCUAACACAUGACCUGCAAUUUACCCAGUGGACUGGCAGUGGUGGAGGGAGCAAAAGAGGAGAGUUUGCGUCCGAGUGCAAGCGGUGCGGCGAGUGACUGAAGUGCGGCAGGGAGGGAGAGCUGUAUCGGUCAGGCCAUGGGUUUCCGAAAGAAGAACAAGAGCCCGGCGGUGCUGAGCCACGAGUUCGUGAUCCAGAAUCACGCUGACAUGGUUUCGUGUGUGGCUAUGGUCAUUCUCCUCGGCUUGAUGUUCGAGGUGACAGCGAAGUUUGCCAUCAUGUUCAUCACUGUCCAGUACAAUGUGACUCAAAGUCUCGAUGAGAGGGCUGAGCCAGUGAACCUGUACCAGUACGGUCCUAAAGACAUGGCCACUGUGUUCUUCUAUCUGCUCAUCACUGUCAUACUCCACGCCUUAAUACAGGAAUACAUUCUUGAUAAAAUGAAUAGGCGGUUGCAUCUGUCAAAAACCAAACACAGCAAGUUCAAUGAAUCGGGACAGCUUGCUGCCUUCUACUUGAUCUCCUUCAUCUGGGGCUGCAGCAUCUUAACAGCGGAGGAAUUUGCAACAAACCCUACUUUCCUAUGGGAGGGCUAUCCACACACCCACAUGGUGUUUCAGGUGAAGUUCUUCUACAUUUGCCAAAUGGCCUACUGGCUCCACGCCCUUCCUGAGCUGUACUUACAGAAAGUGCGAAAGGAGGACAUUCCCCGCCAGCUCUAUUACAUUUGCCUUUACGUCUUCCACAUCACCGGUGCCUACGUCUUAAACCUCCACCGGCUGGGCCUGGUGCUGCUUGUACCUCACUCCCUGGUGGAGCUCCUGUUCCACGCCUCGCGCCUCUUCUAUUUCAGUGACGAGAACAAGCAGAAGGGUUUCACUUUGUGGGCGCUGCUUUUCGUCAUCGCACGCCUCGUCACCCUCACCCUUUCCGUACUGACAUUCGGCUUCGGACUGCCCCGUGCAGAGAACCAGGGAUUCUCACUGGCGGAGGGAAACUUCAAUGUGCUCACCGUUAGGAUGACAUGCCUAGCUGCCAUUUGCCUCACCCAGGCCUGGAUGAUGUGGAAGUUCAUCAACUUUCAGCUGAAGAAGUGGAGGGAGCACAGCCAGAGCCAGGCUUCCAAGGUGAAGGCUAUCAGCCCAAAGAGCAAGCCCCACAAGAAGGACCCAGCCCGGGGAGGUUCUGCCAACGGUGUGCUGAAGUCUGAUGACAAGACAUCACCUCGGGCAAGAAAAGUCUUGUAGAGAUGGAGGGAGAGAACUAAGUGAGGGGGCUGCUCUCAAUGUGACACUUUUCACCACCACCAGAAACCGUAGCUUAACCAUCUCUUGAGUUAGAACUGUUAAAAACUAGGUUCAAUGUUUUGAUGGCCUGAUAAGUUUGUGUUCAGUCGUUCUUUCUCAGGGUGUAAUGUAGGUGGGGCAUGGUCAACUGGUUAAACGCUAUAACUGGAUAGAUUGGUCUAAAAGUGUCCCUUUUUGGAGGUCAAACAAGCACUGUUCAAUUUGCAUUGCAGGAGUGCAUGUCAGGAUUCAUGUUCUCUCCGAACAUGUAAAAGAAAGUGUGGGGAAACGUUGGGCAUAAAGUUUAGCCUUUUACCUGGCAGUUGGUUUCAAUUGAAUAGAGACCUCACCAUUAACUCCUAAAAGGUGUCUGUUUACUGCCUGUAUUGUUACCUGCCUUUUUGCCAUAUGAAACCUGGGCUAUUAUGGGAUUGAGGGCACUGUUAGUCAUUAGUAGCUCCAUCUUCUGACUCAACUGGCCUUCAUCCAGGAAUCUGUACUGCUGACGGGCGAUACUGUCUUUAUCCAUGCAGAACUAGAUCUCUUGAGCAAAUUAUGCAUUCGUAUAAGAGUAGGAUUUGUGCAGGAGUUCAGGUGACGUUUGUGUGUUUCAGUUCAGUAUUUCGAGCCGUGAUAUUUUCUUUAACAACGGCAAUCCUUAAUGCGCUCAAGUUAUUGUUAACCUCACCAUGACCCUUGAAGCUUUUGACGUGCUGUCAUGUUUGAGUUUGCAUAUCUCAGAAGCAUUCGGUGGCCUUUUUUCACAUCCGCUGAUAGAGUUUUGAGUUAUUUAUUUCAGUCGUAUCUUGUUUAUUUUUAUAUCAUGCUUUGGCAACUCUAACCAGCAUAGACGAGGUACAAAGUGAAACGCUUUGUCUCAGUGCUCAACCCAAAUGAUACAAUACUCCUUUAAGUGUCCUUAAAAUGUCAGUGGCGCAAGCUGUGAAAUUCUCCUUGGGUUUCCUUUUCUGUUUGUCUUUUUUAUAUUGGGGUAUAUGAUGGCAGGCAGCUGCCUCCGGAAACACCCACCUAUUAUACUGUUCUUCCCAUUCUCAGAUGGGAGAGGUGCGUGUUUGAGCCUUUGUGCGUUGUUACCUGUGGUAAUGCUUCUGUUGCGUCCGUGAGGAAGUGAAUGCUCCGCAUGAGUCAUGCUUUCGUCUUUGCUUUUUUUUCUUGGGGGGGGGGGGGUUGCCCUUGUGGCAUUAUAGAAUGCGACAUAACCAGUUUAUAGACUCCCCUCGUUUCCUUUUGAAAUCCUCUACCUUGUUUUCAUUUCACCCUUUUUGUUCAUUUACAAAAGACGAUGAGUGACAACUGAGUAUAUUCUAUAUGAAGUUAGUUGUUGAAUGCUUACAACCUCUGGCCCUUAACCCUGUCCUGUAUGAAAGAGAUUCUGUGACUUCUGUUUGCCAAAUUUGGGGUGACUGGGGGCUUCUUGCUCCACCUUUCCAGUGAUUUGGACAUUUGCCUUUGGACACUUGUUAUGUCCUACUGUAGACCCAAUGCUGUUGCCACCAAUGAGCCAGGUUACCAGUCCUGCUAUGGUGAACCAGUGUGCCUGAUCACAACUCUGCUUCGCCAACUUCUCUGACUAGUGUUAUAGUUGGCUGAAGCAUAUACUGGUCUGGGACCAGUAGGUUGCAUAUAUAUAUGUUUUUUGGGGGGGGGCAGGAAGUACAUGAGUCGUAACUAGUUUAGUCCUCAUAACGCUCUAUCUUAAGUUGAGUGUGGAGGACUUGUGUUCUGUUAUGUGGCAAUGUCUCCGAGGAGGAAAGGUGGAGCAGAGGACUUUUUACACCAGUCUGUACUUUACUGUAUCUGAUGUUUAAAAUCUACAUGAAUCUAACGCUACACUUGACUAAAAAUGGUCCGAUUCUUUUUUUUUUUUUUUAAGCUAUUUUUAUAUAUUCGAAGAACUUAAAAUAUUCAGCACACAGAUAUGAAUAUCUGCGUAUUAUUUUGCAUCCACGUUGGCAUGUUUUUAUACAUCAGAAGACAAAGCUUUCUCCCCUUUCUAAGUCAGGGUUCACAUUUCACCUUCACUAUCGUAGUCUAUUUCAUAGACUAGGAUGUAUAUAUUGAGUAGAGUAAAUAAGAACCAUUCUGCCAUAAGAUGAUGCUCAGAAAGCACUAUACGGAAAACUGUCUACUGUAGUUUUAUUGUAUUCUACUGUAGUUUUAUUGUAUUCUACUGUAAUUGCUAUCUGAUGUCCAGUAGCAAAGCUACUGUUUGAUCAGCAAGGAUCCUGAUACGUUUGUUUUUAUUGUUCUAAGGUGUAUUUAAAUCACUUGGUCGUCCUACUCUUACACUAGCCUGAUCCCAGACCUGUGUGUCUGCUUUAGUCAGCUCCUCUGCUAGCAUGACAACCAUAGUCAGAGAAGUUGACGAGGAUAUUUAGUAUCUGAUCAAGGACCAGGCUAUUGCUGACCCUGUAAAACAACACAUUUCACUUCACCUAGCUGGUGUGCGGCACUAAAACAUCUAACUCUAUACGACACUUUGGUGAAGUGAUAAUUACAAUAAAGGAAAGAUGAGCAUUUUGCCCUUCAUCCAUUCCUUUUAUGAAUUGAUGUGAUGGUGCACCGUGUGAGGGGCCGAGUAACAGCAGUUUCUCUAUCCAGGUUAGGACCGCUCUGAGUUGUCUUCUCACUGCUACAACCGCAACUGGAAUAUACAGUGUAGUGAAGCAUGACACCGAUGGAUGCCGCUGUGUACUGUCUGCAUGUUGGGUUGUAGCACAGUUCUGUAGCCUCGACUGCAAUGACCAUUUUGAUCGCUGGUAAGGUGGCAAUGGGCCAACACAAUGAUAAGACCCAUGCUAAUAGUUUAUUAGUGUAUAUCAGCCCUUUAGGUGGCAACAACCAUUUGAUGCAUUUGCAAUGGGAUGUGUACUCCUUCAUAGCAGCCAGGUACACAGAAGAAAACAUGGCUAUGGUUCAUGCACUGUCCUUGUUUUGUGUUAUUUUGCUGCUUGCUUCAAGUUUUUUUUUUUUUUUUUUUACACGUGUUGUCUCUGAAAUUCUCUGGAAUGUACUUAUGCAAAAUCUUGGUGUUUUUCUUUGUUUGUAUUUCAUGUUUGAAUAAAGCCUUUGAUUAUCCAGAGUGAUGCUGUCGCCUUUAGUGGGAUUUGUUACGUGAACUAAAGGUUGAAGUGUUUCUACAUAUGUGGGGGGGGGGGGGGGGCGCAGCAGUCAUUUUAAAAUACUCAUUACUGUAUUUGAAUGGGGAAUGUCUUGUCAGUCGUACAGCAGGGGUUUAUGAGACGCCUUUCAACUGAUGUUUAUAUUGUUGUCUGCCCUCCCGCUGUUUUUCUCAUGUUCAACCUUAGAUUGGUGUACCAUCACACUCGUGCUUAAUUUUCACUACACGAUACUAAUUUUAAACAUCUGCAGAAAAGGCUCCCGUUUCUAUUUUGACUUAAUCACAAAAGAAUUUCCUUGAUGAUUUAUGCCAUCGUCUACUUGGCGGCUCAUCAAAACAUCAGAGCGAAGCAAGGUUGUGUGUGGCUGUUGGUAGAGAGCAUGGCGCUUGCACCGCCAGGGUUGUAGGUUCAAUUCUCAAGGGGAAUUGGAACGGAUUGUGUUUUAGAUCUCUGAAGAUCAAAGGGGAAGUCAUUUCACAGACAAACAGGUUGACAUUUUGGGAGGACAGAAAGAACAAUGAAUAAAAUACUGCCCGCUUAAUUUGGAUUAGGUUUUGUAAUGCUCCUGAUUGCAAACGAUGUUCGGCAAUGGUUCUCAUUGUUCAUGUGUCUUGUUAAAUAACAGGUAGCUAGGCAAGUAGCUGUUUUGUAAAUGGUGAGCAGAGAAUACCAGAAAAAUAUGAGCCAUUUGUUUUCAAUAUGUGAGGGUUGCAUGUUAAAGUUACAUUGAAACUGUAUUGUAGCCGUUACUGUAUUCAAAGGUUCACUCUGGAUUCAAAGCUACUUUGGCCUAAAUAUUUCUGUACCUUAAAUAGUUUUAAAUGUGUGUAUUGUGUUAUUGUUAGAUAUUGUAAUAAUAUGCCUUUACAAUCUCCACGCAUGACUUCCUUGAUCAAACAAAAAGCUACGAAGGAGUUUGCAAAAGCAGAGACAGGCUAUUAGCAAGGCUAAUGGUUAGUCAAUUACUAAUAGUUAAGCGCAUUUGAAUCUGGAGCCUUCUAAUUUUGUCAUUUCAAAUCAACAUUCGACUAUUUCAUUUCAAAUCAACGUUCUAAUAUGACAUUUCAUGUACUGUAGGUAUAACUAUACAUUCCCCUACAUAUUUCAUUGGACAGUGAAGUUAACUUUUAUACUAUCAGCAUUUUGGAUUUUGAGAUCAAAUCUUUUAUGAGGUCGACAGUACACUUUUUAUUUGAGGGUAUUUUCAUACCGACAGAAUCUGUCAAGUGUGUAAAGCUGUCAAGGCAACGGGUGGCUGCUUUGUUUAACACUUUUUUUUGUUACAUGAUUCCAUAUGUGUUAUUUCAUAGUUUUUGUUUUCACUAUUAUUCUACAAUGUAAAAAUCAAGAAAAACUCUUGAAUGAGUAGGUGUCCAAACUUUUCACUGUUACUGUAUGUUUUACUGUUUUUGAAAUUAAACCACUUUAUGUAUCUA